AUGAAGGCAUUCCUCGUCACCUCGAAGCUUACGCUGCUGUUGCAGCUGCUCUGGCACUCUGCAUCUAUACCCGCACCGGUGACAGCACUGGGACUCAUCAAGGUUCGUUACGGAUACUUCCCAGAGGCGCGUCCUAUACAUGCCGCGUGCGCUCGUGGAUUCUUUGACUUCUACGAUGCCCCCACGGAGACGACGUACAUGGUUGCAUGCUACCCGCAGACUUCGGGUGGAUACGCUGCAAGUCGUUUGGACAAUAGCCAGCUACAUAUCGCCAAUCUGGGGAGCACACCCGCUGCAAUGGCCAUCGCUCGAGGCAUUGACAUUCAAGUACUGUACGUAUCCCACUAUAUGGGAGAAUCUCAGGGCAUCUACGUCCGGCCCUCCAACCCUCCGUACAAAGCCAUUCAAACGCCCUUCGACCUCGAGGGGCGCACCAUUGCGGUUCCCUUUGGGUCCACGAUGCACUACCAGGUACUAUUCCUCGUUGAUCUAUUUGGGCUGGCUGGGUCAGUCAAGCUCCUUGACUUGUCACCCACUCAGAUCAUCGAAGCGUGGAAUGCCAACGAAAUUGAUGCUGGCGCGUGUUGGGGACUUGCACGAGAUCACUUGCUGACGAACGGCAAAGCUGAAACGCUUUUGACGGCAGCAGAUUUGGCAAAUUGGGGAAGACCCACCUUUGUGGUAGUGGCCGCCACGCGACAAUUCGCGUCCAAACAUACAAACUUUAUCAAUCACUUUGUUGCCAUUCUCAGCAGACUCAACGAUAGCUUCAUUGAUCGAUUGGGAGGGAGCGACAUUCAGAACGUGCUGAGAUGGGAAGGACAACAAACGUUGGCAGGAAGUUCGUACAUGCCUUCAUUGGUCGAUGCAUUGAUGUUUCCGCAAGAAACACCUCGCAAUCCAUCUCGAAGCAGCCUUAUCAAACAAAGAAAUUUCCUCGAGCUCUUCCACCAACUACCCGCAGGUCUCCAAUUGUCGUGUAACUAUUUGGGACCCAUGCCCGGAGCUUGCACCAAGCCAACGUUGGUGCACGAAACACUCAAAGAUACUGCGAACUUCUUGUUGGGUCAAAAGGUCAUUGCCACGUUGGGGAGACUCGAGCAACUGUCGGAUGAUGCAAAUGGAUGUCAACAGAAUCCAAACUCUUCGUCAGUCACGCCAUUUUGUGCCAGUGACAUCGUUGACGGUUCUUUCCUUGCGGCAGCGCAGCGAGUAUGUUCCAACUGUUAUCCAGUGGGGCUGUACGCCGCAGGUGGUUCGACGACGGGCAACGACAAUCUAUUGAGCGAACUGGAACGACUCGACGCCCAAUCCUUGAAGUCUCGAAGUCUCCGUUUGCGGAAAGUGAGGUUGGACGGAGGCCCCAAGGCGACUCAACGUCUACCUGGAAAGAGUUAUUCCGACAACCUGAAUUGUUGGUGGGAAAUUCGUGCAGUGGAUUGCAAUGAUCCGGACCAACAAGCGUGCAAUAGGUUGGUAGAUAUCGAGCUGACGUCUCUUCGUCUUUGGUCUGGCGACUUCAUCCGAAUAUACUCGGACCCGAUAUUCAAGAGAUGCCAACCAGAUUCCACAUCCAACGUGCUCGUGGCCCAACUUUCAGGAUUCCAGGAGCGUUCGUCAUUGCCCAACUUCCGGGGAAGGGGGUGUCUCCUCUUCCAGUUUCAAACAGACGGCAACGCCGAAAAGUCUUAUGGGGACAACUUAGGCGAUGGGUUCACAGCCAUAUUUGAUCGAAGCGCAAGCCCCUGCAGAGAUGCUUCCCACUGCAAUGGCAACGCUUGUCUUGAUGGGAUGUGUUCUUGCCCUGGUACCUUGUUUGGAGCUGCAUGUACCCAUGACCGCUACUGCUUGGGAACCACCCAAAAAGCUCUGAAACCGGGGGAAGUCUUCACUAUUCGGAGUUCCCUGUCCUCAACCUUGGCUAGCAUUCAAAGUGCAGACCCCAACGGCAUUGUCAAGCCCACCGAAGCCUACAGGAAUGACCUUGAUUGUUCUUGGGACUUGUCAGUUCCGCCUGGCCACGUGGUGAAGGCAACUGUUUCCCAUGAUUUGGAAUUACACGAUUUUCUAUACCUGCAGACGGGUGCAUUGAGCUAUGGCCAGGGACGCAGUCCUCAGUCCUACACGGUUUUGACAGGCACAAAUAAAGGUGAUUCUGCUGACUACUACCUUCCUUCAGAUGCAAAUGGCUACGCAAGCUUGCAUUUCAAGACAGACUCUCGUGGUCGCCGUAGAGGUUUUUACGCAAAGCUCCAGGCAAUUGACCCCUCUGGAGUUCAACCUGAAGGAACGCCGUGUCCUAUACCGGGCUACAGCGGGAGAAACUGUGAAGUCCCGCAUUGCGUUGCAAACAACGACUUCCAAUCACCAAAGCAAUCGUCGGACAUUGUGGCUUCCCACGUGCUAGGUCGAGUGGUGAGUCAGGCAGACGGCAUGCCAGUCAGAGCAGCUCCUUGGGCUCCUGACGGCGGAUGCCUCUGGAAUAUUCAAGACAUACCUACUGAGGAAGUAGUCGCAAUCCGCUUCGUCUUCAAUUCUCCGCUCGAUUUGGAACCGCGGCCCGCCUUUGCCACUGGAGACAGUUUGGUGCUCAAAACGUCCACUGGAAAGGAAACUAUGUUCUUCAUGGAAUCAUGUGAAAGAAACGACACAUGUUCUUUCCCCUGGCAGACUGGCUCGUGCACCAGAGGUGGAUGCGAAGUUCAGGAGGCAGUUGAAGCAAAGGUUGACAAAUCUUCCACCAUUCGUUUCGUAACUGACAGAAAUGAUGGUGGGCUUGAGUACCGGUACGCUGGGCUUGAUUUUGAUGCCUUGCUUGUCGAAGAAUGCCCAACUCAAGCAGGAAUGAAACACUGCGAAGCAGCAAACUCAAACGGGAGGUGUUUUCAUGGGCUCUGCUAUUGCGCAGGGGGUGUCCCCUGUGCGUGCCCUUGCGAAGGCGAACCACCCAGCACAGUCGCAGCGAAAGUGGGGCUCACGGUUGGCAUAGUUGUUCCACUCUUUAUGAUGCUCGUCGGUGGCUUUCUAUUCUACCGCCGGCGCAAGAUAUUGGCAUCUCGAGAGCAGAAAAGAAUAAUUGCAGAAAAGGAGGCUGAGCUGGAGGCGUUCCGUGAUUCCAUUGUCGGUAUGAGAGUCGCCGUGCGAGAAUAUGUGCCAGUGCCAAUGAAGACAAAGAAAGGCAGAGCAUUGUCAAAGACAAAGUCUUUGAGACUUUCCGUCACGAAGGAGCCUCCCAAAAUCGUUUGGUGUUGGGAGGAGACGACUCAUCUGAUGGGAAGUCACACUCCAAGUAGAAUCUUUGGUGAUCCAAAAGACUGUUGGAUUCGCUAUGACAAGAAAUGCAGCGCCAUGCUGGAGGAUGCCUACCAAAACAAAUCUGGUGGGUGCCGUCCUCUGAAAGGCUACUUUGUAGAUACGAACGCAAUGAUCCAGACAAAGGAAGCGACCGGCUUCCAGCGAAAGGUGCAACGAGUUGUGUGCAGGAAAUCCGUGGAGGGGACAAAAGAUCUGGACCUUUCUGAGGCAAACUUUAGUGAUGGCAUGCCAACGGAACUUGCCGGGGAACCUCAGGUUGUGCUGGUAAAGGAUGACUUGAUACAGAUAUCGAAGAGACACGGGGAUUGGGCGUUUGGAACCAAGCUGUAUCAUGCGGACGAAGCAGUUGCCAGGGAACUUGUGAAACUGGCUUGCAAAGACGCUCCUAGUACAGACGAUGCGAACAUCCUUGCUGACACUGGCUGGUUUCAAGAGGAUGCAACAGCUGUUCCUACGGGCGACCAACUAACUGCUUUGCAGGCCAAAGUUGGAGAUACAAACGCUCUGGACGCCCCUAGUCACUGGAUCCCAGUGACGGAUCCAACCGUGGCCGAAAGGCACCCCCUGAGUGUUGGCGAUACGGAGCGAGAUGUCGUUGUUUCUGCUUUUUUGAAGUCCCUCAAGCCACCGCAAUUCAAAAAGAAAGUCAGGGUUUCAACUGUGGAAAGAGUUCAAAACCUGGCCAUGUGGCAGAGCUUUGUUGUCAAACGACAGACCAUUUGCUGGCGUGAAACAGAGAUGCUCGAUGAUGGCUCCUCGAAGGAUGUACAAAAACGUGCUCUCGAGCGUAUUGAACGGCGGUGGCUUUGGCACGGAACGAAUGCCGAAGUGAUGGACAAGAUCAUGCAGCAAGGGUUCAACCGAAGCUUUUGCGGAAAGAAUGCAACCAUGCACGGCAAGGGCGUCUACUUUGCGAGAGAUGCUUCGUACUCUGCUUCUGAGGUUUAUGCGGUUCCUGACAAGCAUGGCUACCAGUACAUGCUGGCGUGCCGUGUUGUUGUGGGUGAGUACUGCAAAGGUGUUAUGGACGCUCUGACACCCAGCGUUCGAGACUCCGCGACGAAUAUCCUCUACGACUGCACGGUUGGAUUGCUUCCGAACGACACCAUGGCCAACCCCUCGAUUUACGUCACAUACCACGACGCCCAGGCUUAUCCAGAGUACUUGAUCCGAUUUCGGUCUCACUAG